AUGUUCAAAUACACCGUUGUUAUCCUCGCAAUCAUCGCCUGUGCUUCUGCCAAGCCUGGUCUGCUCCUGGGCGAGCAGUUGGCUUAUAGUGCGCCAGUUGUGGCUGCUGCUCCAACUGCAGUAGUUGCAGCAGCAGCUCCUUACGUGACCGCCAGCAGCAGCCAGGUGUUUGCCCGCAACUACAAUGGCAUUGCCGCUGCUCCAGUGCUUGCGGCUGCACCAAUCGCUGCUCCAGUCGUCGCCAGGUAUGCAGCUACUCCCUUGGCUGCGCCUCUGGCGUACAGCACUCCCUUGGCCUACAGCUCACCUCGGUUCGGUCCAGUUCUCUUCUAG